AUGGAUAUUCCAUCCUCCGUGUCGUGGAAAGAUGGCGUAGCUACGACGGGUGGGGAAGUGAGCAAUCUGUUUGCGUCGUUCUUUGGUAGCAUCUAUGCGGAGAAAGUUAAUGAUAUUGGGGAACCAAUGCCCGCAGCUCAAGCUGUGAAAACAUCGACUAGCUACGAUGUGAAAUUAUCGGAACUCGCCAUCCGCUUCGCUGAAGUGUACGAGCAAAUAUGCAAACUAGAUGGAAAGAAGGGAGCCGGACUAGAUGGAAUACCGAACAUAUUACUGAAAAGCUGUGCAGUCGGACUUGCCGAACCAAUAACCCACAUAUUUAGUAAAUCACUGGAGAUGGGUAUUUUUCCGUCGGCAUGGAAACGCUCGUGUAUUUGUCCAAUUUACAAGGCAGGGUCGAGAUCUGAGGUGUCCAACUACGGGCCAAUAUGCAUACAGCCAGCAAUGGCAAAGCUGUUUGAGAAACUUGUUUUGCAGCAGGUGAAUUUCGCCUUCAAGAAUACGAUCUCGACCAAGCAACAUGGGUUCUUUGGCGGCAGGUCUACGGCUACAAACCUUUACCUGUAUGUCGAUUACGUACUGAGAGCGUUGGACAAGGGUGAAAACAGUUCACACUAUCUACACGGACUUCAGCAAAGCCUUCGACAUGGUGGAUCAUGA